AGGGAGGGAGGGAGGCGGCCGAGGAAGCGGCGGCCGUGGAGGAACACAAAUAACUGCCCUCAAUCCAUCCCUGUGCCCGAGCACAUCGCAGAGCAGCGGCUGCUGCGGGGAAGGCCGACCUAGAUGCAUCCCCACGCUCCUCCAUCCGCAGGCGGAUCCAGGGGCUGCACCUGAAUCCAUCGGGAGGAGGAAUGCCGAGCUGGGGUAGAGGCAGGAUCGCCUUUGUUCCUCGCUGAGCACCGGCAGCGCCUGAGCCCUUCCUGGAGGGAUCUGCUGGCUCCAGCCCCUCCCUGAGAGCCAUGGGAACCACGGAGGCCACGCUGCGGAUGGAAAACGUGGAUGUGAAGGAAGAAUGGCAAGAUGAGGACUUCCCCAGGCCUCUCCCAGAAGAGACGGGGAUGGAGUCGCUGGGCAGCCCCACGGAAGACGAGACCACGUCCUCUCCCCCCAACACUUUGAACUUUAACGGGGCACAUCGGAAGCGGAAGACACUCGUUGCACCUGAAAUCAACAUUUCCCUGGACCAGAGUGAGGGCUCCAUCCUCUCUGAUGACUUCCUGGACACACCAGAUGACCUGGACAUUAACGUGGAUGAUAUCGAAACUCCUGAUGAGACAGAUUCCCUCGAAUUCCUGGGGAAUGGGAACGAAUUGGAAUGGGAAGAUGACACCCCCGUGGCCACAGCCAAGAACAUGCCCGGGGACAGCGCAGACCUGUUUGGGGACGGGGGGACAGAGGAUGGCAGUGCCACCAACGGCCGGCUCUGGAGAACCGUCAUCAUCGGCGAGCAGGAGCACCGGAUCGACCUCCAGAUGAUCAAGCCCUACAUGAGGGUGGUGACACACGGAGGGUACUACGGAGAAGGUCUCAACGCCAUCAUCGUCUUUGCUGCCUGCUACCUCCCAGACAGCAACCUGGCUGAUUAUCACUACAUCAUGGAGAACCUCUUCCUGUACGUGAUCAGCAGCCUGGAGCUGCUGGUGGCCGAGGACUACAUGAUUGUGUACCUGAACGGGGCCACGCCCCGCAGGAGGAUGCCAGGCCUGGGCUGGCUGAAGAAAUGCUACCAGAUGAUUGACAGAAGGCUGCGGAAGAACCUCAAGGCCCUGAUCAUCGUGCACCCCUCGUGGUUCAUCCGGACCGUGCUGGCCAUAUCCAGACCCUUCAUCAGUGUGAAGUUUAUCAAUAAGAUCCAGUACGUCCACAGCCUGGAGGAACUGGAGCAACUCAUCCCCAUGGAGCACGUGCAGAUCCCAGACUGCGUCCUCCAAUAUGAAGAAGAGAGGAUCAAGGCCAGAAAAGAAAGGGCAGAGGAGAAACAAGACAUGACUGAGAGGGAAAGCAGGCCCAUGCCCCCAGCAGAGGAUCAGGAAACCAGCAUGUCCUGAGUGGAAGCAGCACGGAUGACCGGAGUAGGAGAACGAGCAGCCUGGCAGUCACCCACCUCAACGACCUUUGGGUACAAGACCUUGCCACCACCUUAUUCCAAGUCCUGCAAAUCCCGGAGCCUGCCUCCUCUGUCUCCAAGAUGCAAAAUCCUUCAACCUUUUGGGAAACAUUUUCCUUUUAAAAAAAAAGAAUGAUGAGCAAAGAAACAAAAAAGCCCCACGAAACGAAGCAAGAGCGGCACUUUUCUGGACAGGUUCUGGCGUGUUUCGGGAAUGGUCUGUGGAGAGCAUUGGCACAGCGCAAAUACUCACUGUGUAUCCUCGUAGUAAGUCAAGAGCAUCCUCCAGUCCAUGAAUCCCCAGCCCAGACAGAGAAUUUAUUUUUGGUUUAAAUUAUAAACCCUUCACUCGCUGCUGGCCAGCGUGGAGCCCUUUUACUUUGAGCUGCUCCCCCAGGUUCCUCCAGGACAUCUCAGAAGCUGCCACCCCAGGGAGUAACGACUACAGGCAACGGAAAGAGCCUUUCCCUCCUUUUUACAGCCAGUGUGUGUUUCUUCCUGGAGGUACCAAGUGCCCACGGCCUCGGCACCGCUGCAGCCACGGCCGCCUCGCUUCCGUCGUCGCCGGCUCCUCGUUAACUCGUUCCCGUGAGGAAAUCCCGUGGUUUGUUCCUGAUUUGUCCCAUCCCGGUGCGUGAGGCACUCUGAAGGAGUCCCACAUGGAAUGGCAGCCUCCACAGAACCUUCUCCUCCACGCACACACACCAAAGGGGCUGGGUUUAGAAGGAGCCUUACGGACAGGGAAGUUUUCCACGUCUUGUCUUCGUCUCGAUGUCACGACACUGGACAAUCACUCACUGCUGGUACCUCCUACGAGCUGCUAAAGUGUUGGAAGUUUCCCUCACGAGGGCCUCAUCCAUCAGCAUUCCUGCCUGGAGUAUCCCCGUGGAGGCUGCAGGGCUGGGUUCUGGAGCUGAGAGAUGCAGGUGUGACACUGACUCCUGGAAUUCGGAUUUCGGACUCGUGAGGAUUCUGUGAGCAAAGGAGGGGAAGAAAGAAAUCCAGGAACAACUGUCUGGCCAAAAUUCUUUGGAAAAUCCUGAUUUCACCAGAGCCAGCUUGCAAGGCCUCAGGGUGCCCAGAGAAGCUGUGGCUGCCCCUGGCAGUGCCCAAGGCCAGGUUGGACAUUGGGGCUUGGAGCAGCCUGGGACAGUGGGAGGUGUCCCUGCCAUGGCAGGGGGUGGCACUGGGUGGGAUUUAAGGUCCUUCCAAACCAUUCCAGGAUUCCAUAACCAGGUAAAGCCCCUCACAGACACCUGCAGAUGAAGAAUUCCCUGCCUAUGUCACCCCUUCAAGGAGAAUUCCGGCAAAGCAGGAUUUUUCCUGAAGGUGGGGAUGGCUCCUCUGGACACACAAAGCUGCUUUUUCCUUCCUUUCAGUGAAUAAAACCACUCUGGAGGAGAUCCUUCUUUCCCCAGAUGCUCCAAGGAAGCACCAAAUGUACUUUUUAACCUUCAUCCUCAUUUGAGGCGUUCUCUUCACACACUGCAGCCAUGGAUGGAUUUCCUGCCCGCACCUUUGCAUGGAAAGCAGAGCACUGCACCCACAGCACCAACCCAGAGGUGGAAGAUGGAAAAAAAUUCCACUUUUCACCUCACUGGCACGUCAAAAACAAAGCACCAAACAAGCUCAUCAUAAACCAGUUAUUGGCAAAAUAUUCCAAGGCCAGGUUGGACGAGGCUUGGAGCAGCCUGGGACAGCAGAAGGUCCCUGCCCAUGGCAGGGGUGGCACUGGAUGGGAUUUAAGGUCCUUCCAACCCAAUCCUGGGAUUCUACAAGGAAUUCUGUGCUGCAGGGGAAGAGCAGCCCCUCCAGGUGUUUCUGGAGAUCAGAUUUGUUCCAGGUGACGCCUCCCCGCCACCCUGAGCUCCCAGCUUUGUGUCUGGAGACAGAAGCAGCAGCCAGGAAUUCCCAAAUUUCCAGUGCAGAGCUGGGGAUCCUUCACACUCGGGCUGCCAGAGGGACUGAGCAGCCCGCAGAGGCGAAGGAAGGACUUUGCUGAUUAAAUCGAUUUUAGUUCUGCCUAUAAACAAUCACAAAGCUCCUCGUGGUCCCACAGUCUGUGAAUUCCCUGAGAAUACUGAAAGUAGAUUUUCCUUUUUUUUCCUUUGGAGAUUGUUUUUUAUGGAUUUAGAGAAAAAUCAUCAGCUUUCCACUGAGAACGUGACCCAAGCUGGGCACUGCAAAGGAAUUUGCAAUUCUAUAACGAAUAAAGUGGAUAAAACAUGGGAUGAUGGGUCAAAAAUCCAACUCCAGAAAGCUUUUGUGCAUCAGAAAACAUUCACAACCUCAUAGAAAAUACUGCUGUCAUGGAAAACACGGAUGUGGGGGAUAAGGAAUCCCAAUCACCUUUCUCGUGGGGGCUCUGGGCCCUCAGCAGUCUCCACACCAGAAUGUGCUUUUUGGUUGUUUCAGAACAGAAACACUCUGUCUGCAUUUCCAGAAAAAAAAAAAAAAAAGAAUGAGCAGAUCUGACAAUGAAACUUCACAUUUUUCCAAGUAAUUCCUUCAGAGCAAGGGAAUUUCAGCUGGGAAAAGGACAGAUCCCCAAGUUCCCUUCACGAGAAGAAGGCGGGCAAUUGUUUCCACACAAAAGUAAAUUUUUAACUUCUUGGAACCAAUUAUUAUUAUUAUUUUUUUGUUUGUUUCAAAAAGUGCACUUUCUGAUGGAGCACUCCAAGUGGUGUGCAUGAGAUUUUAAUUUUUCACAGAGUUUUAUGAGUGUAUAAAGUUUAUGUUCCUGGAUGGAUGGAUGGAUGGAUGGAUGCCUGGAUGGAUGGAUGGAUGGAUGCCUGGAUAAUGUUUUUAUGUCUUUUCAACGCAGAGAAGAACCUGCAGCCCCAUCGAGGAGAAAUGAUAAGUGUCAAAAGUGCAUUUUAUAGCAGCAAAGAAAAAAAAAAUUCAUUCUCAUUAACUUAUUUCAACCAGUGCUUUUAGGCGUUGAUUGCAAAACAAAAAGCUACAAAUUCUUGGACAGAAACACCAAAAAAUGUCCCAAAGGUGGAGUGACAAAUCUCAGUUGGAUGGGGAGAAACCUGCACUGUUGCUGGUAAAAGUGCAUUUACAGUAGAACUCUGACCAGUAUAUAUAAAUAUAUAAAUAUGUCGAAAGAAUAGAAUGAAAUAAACUUCAUCCCUUUAGCAAUACUGCUGCACUGCUCCGUGUCCCCAACGUGCACCAGGCCCUGGUCCUGCCUGGGAAAACCAUCCCUGGAGGGUCAAGGUUUUGGUUUAUGAAUUCUCUGUAUUGCACUGAGCAGUUUCUGCUCUGGUUUGACCUUUCCUGGGAUUUUUUCUUCCCGGUGAAUCCCUGGGAAGUCACAUUUUAGCUGCGGAAAAAGUUCUUUUACUCCCAUCUUCAGAGAAAUCCUGGUGGUUUUACUCAUUGUGUGUUUAAUGGCCGGACUUCAAUUCACAUCAGCCUGGAAAAUCCAAUCUCUUCCUGUACUGUUGAUUCCAGAGUAGGAAUUUCCUUCCCCUCUCUUUGAGGAUUUAUCCCAGGCCCUCCUCAGCUCCAGACAGCCCCAACUUUUCUGGUUUUUCCACACAGAAUCACCCAGAUUUGGGACUGUCCAGUAAUUUUUAUUCUGACUCACAAGGAAGGCACAGGAACCAAACCUGGGAUGCUGCUGUAGAUUCCAGUGGAAUAAUUAAUCCCAUUUUUUUCUGUACAGUGCUGUGUCAAUGUGAGUGGGUAUCUAGAGCUUCCCUCGUGGCAAUUUUUCCAUCUCUUUUUUUCCCACAGACGUGCAGAAAAGGUUUUAACGGCGACAAAUCCUCUAUUUGAGAGGUCUGGGGAUUCAAACACCCAGGAGUCAGGGACGGGCUGGUGGCAGUGAGCUGGGACUGGCCUGGCAGCAGCUGAAAGGGACAAGAACUGGCUCUAAACACAAAAAGCACAUUUUUCUCUUUUGUAUUUCCUUCCUUCCUGGCAGCCAGAAGCGCAGCACGUCUUGGUCAAGCGGAGUUGAGGACUCACCAUGACAAUAAACCCCAACCCCAGGGUUUGGUUAUUUUUUUUUCCUUUCACCCCCACCCCAGCUGUACAAACGUGUGAAAUGUCAUUUCCUGACGUGGUUGUAAUUAGGUGGUUUGUGCUAGCGGACUGUUCAUCUGUAUCCAGAGUUUUGCUUUGUAUUAUUCCAUAAAAUCUGUGGAUAUUCAAUUAAAAUGAGACUAAUCCUUCAGCCAA